AUGGCGGAGCUCAAGUCAUCGUUGAAGCAAGCAAAAAAGUUACUGGGCGAAAACCAUAGUGAGGAUGCUUUGAAUGUGCUGCAGGAGUUUCUGGACGAUGGCGUGGAAGAUUACAUGUUGUUCUGUUUCGCUGCGUUAGCUUAUGGCAAUCUGGACGAGAAAACCAAGGCGAAGACGCUUUACGAAAAAGCUAUUAAACUCGAUGAAAAAUUGCCUGCCGCAUGGCAGGGAUUGUUCAAAUUGUACGAUACAGGAAAAUUAGCCUCUGAUGAGCGUGCUAUUGACGUGGCCAAUCAUCUGAUCGCAACGUGCGAUUCCGAGGAGAAACGACUCGCCAUCGAAGAAGCACGACGAAGAUUUUUCUUUGAACUUUGUCGUUACGAAGACCUACAGAAUGAUCUCGGGAAGAACAUUGUGCUGUUGGGAAAGAUAAUCGAACGUUUUGUCAAAAAGGAUACGCUCACGUCAACAGAGGCUCUACUGGUUGGUAUUUUUAUGAAUAUGCAAAUACAUGUGAAAUUGUAUGGGUUGGUCAAAAUAUUCGUUCUUUGCAAUAAAAAUUUUGUUAUUUUUGUUUUCAGUUAG